AUGGCCCCCCACCUGUGUCGGAUGCCCGAUGGUGCGCGGAUCGGAUACCGAGUGCUGGGCGCCGAGCAUGCGCAGGGGCCGACGCUGGUGAUGGUGAAUGGCAUGAGUGCCGUGAUGGAUGACUGGAUGGAGCUGGCCGUGCCGUUGGCGCGCACGCGGCAGGUGGUGCUCUUUGACCACCGGGGUCUGGGCGCGUCGCAUGGCACAGGAGACGAGGACGUCACGAUCGAGCUCAUGGCCCAUGACGUGCUGCGCUUGUGCCAGGCGCUGCAUCUUCGAGUCGUGCACUUGCUGGGAUUUAGUAUGGGGGGACUUGUGGCGCAAGCGAUCCUGUCGCACCCGGACGCACAGCCGACACCGGACGAGGCCGGCGUGGUGAUCCAUGGCAUCGAGGUGCGCCGCGUGAUUCUCGCCGCUACCUUCACCAAGUCGCCUCGCACAGAGUUCCGCCUGGACGGCGCGGCUAUACCUGAUGACGCUACGCGAACCGAGCGGGCUAUGGCACAGCUGCAGUACAUGCUCGCGAUGCAGUACCAUCCGGCGGUCCUAGGCGAGGGCCGGCCUAUGCAGCACAAGAUGGACGCGCGCAUGCGCCGUGGCCUCGCGGCACGUCGGCCACUGAACACGAUGGCGCGGCAGGCGGUCGCCAUCGCGAUAUACCAGGGCCGCGACAGGCUGCGAUACGUUCCGCGGCACUUGCCCAUCGCGAUCCUGCACGGCCGCUACGACCACAUGGUCGCCUAUGACGAGGCACGCGAGAUCGAGCGCUUCCUGCCGCAAGCCCGCCGCCUUUUCCCGCACGUCGAUGGCGAUCGCGAGGCCUACGGCCACCUGUGGUUCGACUACUUUGACGUGGACACCGCGUGGCUCCCGCCGCUCGUCCACUUCCUCGACCGGCCGGCCACGGCGCGGAUGUAG